CUCUCUCACUCACUCGCUCUGUGUCCAGAGAACGCAGCGCAGAGCACCACAGUUCCCAUUUGGGUUUGUAAUAAGCACGCGGUUAACAUGGCUCUGCGGACAGCUGCACUGAUGCAGGCAGCGCUAGGCAUCCUCCUCACUACACUCUCAGGGACGACUUCGAUGGUGACCGUGUCCAUGAAGGAGGUGGUCAAAGUGCUACGUGGCACCACGGCUAACAUCCCCUGUGAGGCCUUCAUCUCGGAGGAGACCAACAACACGUUUGUGCAGUGGUUCAUUAUGGGUCCAAGUCACAGAGAGAGGAUCUACUACAUGGGGGGUCCAGUGAGCAUUGCGGACAACGGCACGGAGUACACCAACAGGAUCAGCAUGAGCCAGGACUACACGCUGACCAUCAGGGACGUGACACUUCAGGACCACCGAGUCUUCUUCUGUCAGGUCGGAGCAGUGUCAGCAGGCAAUGGAGAGAGCAGGACAGAACUGCUCGUGUUUGCUAAGCCAGAGCCUCCAGAAAUUGAAGGCACACACACCGGAAUUUCAGUUCUUGAAACGGACCCCUCCAAGAUCGCCACCUGCACAGCCAGGAAUGGAUACCCGUCACUCAACAUCACCUGGUAUCAGAACCAGAGGCCAUUCGUGGACAGUGGGAAUGUGGCUACUCAGGUCACGAAAGAAGCCAGCGGCCUGUUCACGGUCACCAGCUCGCUGUACUACAAAGUGACCAAGGAGGACAUCAACUCCGCUUUCUACUGCGAGGUCAGCUAUUUGACACCAGAAGGCGAGAGCAUGAUGGAGUCAGAGCACAUCCGCGUCGACGUCUAUUAUCCAGUGGAGAAUGUGAAGCUAACAGUGGACACUCCGUCGGGAGCCAUCAAGGAGGGCGACAUGGUGACGCUGCGCUGUCAUGGAGAUGGGAACCCAGAGUUGCCUUACAGCUUCGCCAGAGUCAUGCAUGACGAUCAAGAAGAGGAUCUGUUCUCUGAAGGAGACACGGUGGUCCUACCCAGUGUGACACGGGCGGAUGGUGGCAUCUAUCGGUGUAAGGUCUUCGACUUUGACCAAGCUAUUGAGAUUCAGGACGACGUGAAGAUUGAUGUGAACUUCAUGGACCCCAUCGUACUGACCCCAGGAAAUCUGUCCGAAGUUGAUGUGGGAAAAAGUGUGACGGUGGCCUGCAAUGCUCUCUCCUCUGGUCAGAGCAAACACAUCUUCUGGAGUAAGGAUGGCACUGAAAUUAGCAAUCACAACAACCUGACCCUCCAGAAUGUCUCCUUCGAGUCAUCAGGACUUUACACCUGUGCAGUAAGCAUACCCGACGUGCCAGGCCUUGAAGAAACCAAGUCCAUCCAGGUCACAGUAAGAGGAAAGCCCAUACUGGAUGCCCCUGCGGACCCCAUAGAAGGUCACCUCGGCACCAAGAUCAACCUGACCUGCAGGGCCAGAGGAUUCCCGGAGCCGAAGAUCACGUGGCAGGUGGCAGAAGGCACAGAGGAUCCAGUUCAUAAAAGUGACGAGAAGGGCGUUUCAAGCUCCCUGCCAGUUGUUUUGGACGAUGAUCUUCAGGUCAGCUGCGUUGCAACUAACAGCCUGGGCAGCGCCGAGCACCACUUCAGCUUCAGUAUCGUUCCUGAUAUCAAGACCACCACCGUGCCUGGCAGUAAAAUUGAAACGCUGAAGAAAGCAGAAAGUAAAGGUGUGAUUAUUGUGGGCAUCAUCGUGGGCAUCCUGCUGCUGGCCAUCUUGGGAAGCGUCCUCUACUUCUUGUACAAGAAAGGCAAGAUUGCGUGCGGCCGAUCCGGCAAGCAAGAAAUUACACGAACAGCUUCUGACAAGGACGGCAUUGUCAUGGAGAUGAAAACGGACAAAGCUGCUGAGGAGGCAGGUCUACUGCAGGGUGUCAAUGGCGCAAAGCAGCCCCCUGGAGAACAGACUGAAAGGUACAUCGAUCUCCGCAACUGAAGAAGAGAGUCGCCGGCAGGGUGAACUGUACAAAAAGCUCCGUAACGUCUCCCCCUCCCACCCUACAACCCCUCUUUUGCUUGGCUCUGGUCUCCAAUUCCUGCAACAAAGCCUUAGAAAUGACCCUUCACCUCACCGCUUUGGGGAUUUAGAAACAAAAGUGGUGCAUGGCCCAGCAAUGGCGGUGUACUGACCCUGGGACACAGCAAGCUGACCAGUGGCUGGCGCCCACCCACAGAACAGCAGGCCGAUGGCUUCACCCCUUCACCAGCCUUGAAGAGCCGUCCAGAGAGCCACCAGAGGAAACCCAGAGGGCGUGGUCCGUUCUCCGAGCACACUGUCCACUAGAUGGCACUUGUACACGCGAGACAAUGACUGACAAGUUGACUUGAUGGGUUUCCUACUCUCCUCCACCCACCAUCCAACUCCAGACCUCAGGACCCCUAUGGUGGUCCAGUUCCAAGGCUGUUUAUUUCCAUCCACCAC